AUGAAGGUUCUGUUGCUGAAGGAUCCCAAAGACAAAGAUGCAGGACCAGAUCCAUAUAUUAAAGAAUUAGGAUUACACAGCUUUGAAGCCACACUGAUCCCAGUUCUGUCCUUCGAGUUCCUCUCCCUUGAAAGCCUAUUUGAAAAGCUUUCUCACCCAGAGUGCCAUGGAGGCCUAGUGUUUACCAGCCCAAGAGCAAUAGAAGCCAUCAAGAUAUGUUUGAAAGACAACACUAAAAAGGAAGCCUGGUCCAAAUCUCUGAAGCAGAUGUGGAAUAUCAAACCAACAUACGUGGUAGGAAAAGCUACAGCUGCUUUAGCAGAAGAAAUUGGCCUUACCCCACAAGGAGAGAAGUCUGGAAAUGCUGAAAAAUUAGCUGAAUAUAUUUGCUCAAGAGAGAAACCUAAUUCCUCAGCUCUUCUUUUUCCUUGUGGAGCCCUGAAAAGAGAAGUGCUUCCUACAGUGCUUAGAGAAAAAGGAGUACCUCUGGAGAGCCUCACUGUGUAUCAAACCACCCAACACCCUCAGCUGCAGGAAGCUUUGAGCAGUUACUUCUCACAGCAGGGGAUCCCUGCAAGCAUCGUGUUCUUCAGUCCAUCCGGUGUCAAAUUUUGCCUCCAGCACAUUCAGAAGCUUUCAGGGGAUUUGAUCAACCAUAUCAAGUUUGCUGCCAUCGGUCCAACCACUGCAGAGGCCAUGGAGGCCGGAGGAAUCCCAGUGAGCUGCACUGCACCCAGCCCCACUGCCCAGGACCUUGCUGCUGGGAUCCACAGGGCCCUUCACUCCCAGAACUGCUCUCUGCAGCCUGAGUGA